AUUUGUAAACAUAACUUUCUGUUGUUUUCUUUUUCCAACAAUUCUUUGCUGCAGAUUAUGUUGCUGACAGACCCGGAGAUUGAGAGCAGCUUAUUGAUCAGCUCAGACGAAGGGGCGACCUAUCAAAAGUACCGGCUGAACUUUUACAUCCAGAGCUUGCUUUUUCACCCCAAGCAAGAGGACUGGAUUCUGGCAUACAGCCAGGACCAAAAGUUAUACAGCUCUGCUGAAUUUGGGAGAAGGUGGCAGCUUAUCCAGGAAGGGGUCGUACCAAACAGGUUCUACUGGUCUGUGAUGGGGUCGAACAAGGAACCAGACCUUGUGCAUCUCGAGGCCAGAACUGUGGAUGGUCAUUCGCAAUACCUAACUUGCCGUAUGCAAAACUGCACAGAGGCCAACAGAAAUAAACCUUUUCCAGGCUACAUUGACCCAGACUCUUUGAUUGUCCAGGACGAUUAUGUGUUUGUUCAGCUGACAUCAGGAGGACGCCCACAUUACUACGUGUCCUACCGGAGAAAUGCAUUUGCCCAGAUGAAGCUUCCCAAAUAUGCUUUGCCCAAGGACAUGCAUGUCAUCAGCACAGAUGAGAAUCAAGUGUUUGCAGCGGUCCAAGAAUGGAACCAAAAUGACACAUACAACCUCUAUAUCUCAGACACCCGUGGUGUCUACUUCACCCUGGCCUUGGAGAAUGUUCAGAGCAGCAGAGGCCCUGAGGGCAACAUCAUGAUCGACCUCUAUGAGGUAGCAGGGAUAAAGGGAAUGUUCUUGGCUAACAAGAAGAUUGACAACCAAGUGAAGACUUUCAUCACGUAUAACAAAGGCAGAGACUGGCGUUUGCUGCAGGCACCGGACACGGAUCUCAGGGGAGACCCUGUGCAUUGCUUACUGCCCUAUUGCUCAUUGCACCUUCACCUGAAGGUAUCUGAGAACCCCUACACGUCAGGGAUCAUUGCUAGUAGAGACACAGCUCCAAGCAUCAUAGUGGCUUCAGGAAAUAUAGGUUCUGAACUGUCAGACAGUGACAUCAGCAUGUUUGUCUCUUCAGAUGCAGGGAACACUUGGAGACAGAUCUUUGAAGAAGAGCACAGUGUUCUGUACCUGGAUCAAGGUGGAGUGCUGGUUGCUAUGAAACACACAUCUCUCCCGAUACGACAUCUUUGGUUGAGUUUUGACGAAGGGAGAUCUUGGAGCAAAUACAGUUUCACGUCUAUUCCACUUUUUGUGGAUGGGGUUCUGGGUGAGCCUGGAGAAGAGACUCUAAUCAUGACAGUGUUUGGACACUUCAGCCACCGCUCUGAAUGGCAGCUGGUCAAAGUAGACUAUAAGUCCAUUUUCGAUAGAAGGUGUGCCGAGGAGGACUACAGACCCUGGCAGCUGCAUAGCCAGGGGGAAGCAUGCAUCAUGGGAGCAAAGAGGAUAUAUAAGAAGCGAAAAUCAGAGCGGAAGUGUAUGCAAGGAAAAUAUGCAGGAGCUAUGGAAUCAGAACCCUGUGUCUGCACAGAGGCUGACUUUGACUGUGACUAUGGUUAUGAGCGACACAGCAAUGGUCAGUGCCUGCCAGCAUUUUGGUUCAAUCCAUCCUCUCUGUCGAAGGACUGCAGCUUGGGACAGAGUUACCUCAAUAGUACUGGAUAUAGGAAGGUUGUUUCCAAUAACUGCACUGAUGGAGUAAGAGAACAGUACACUGCCAAACCACAGAAGUGUCCAGGGAAGGCCCCUCGGGGGCUCCGGAUCGUCACCUCUGAUGGAAAGCUGACAGCAGAACAAGGACACAAUGUUACUCUCAUGGUGCAGUUGGAAGAGGGUGAUGUUCAGAGGACACUCAUCCAAGUGGACUUUGGCGAUGGUAUCGCAGUGUCUUAUGUCAACCUCAGCUCCAUGGAAGAUGGGAUCAAGCACGUCUAUCAGAAUGUGGGCAUUUUCCGAGUGACCGUGCAAGUGGACAACAGUCUGGGGUCUGACAGCGCCGUCCUGUACUUACAUGUAACUUGUCCGCUGGAGCACGUGCACCUGUCUCUUCCCUUUGUCACCACAAAGAACAAAGAGGUCAACGCAACUGCUGUGCUGUGGCCCAGCCAAGUGGGCACCCUGACUUAUGUGUGGUGGUAUGGAAACAACACUGAGCCUUUGAUCACCUUGGAGGGAAGCAUAUCUUUCAAGUUUACUUCGGAAGGAAUGAAUACCAUCACAGUGCAGGUCUCAGCUGGGAGUGCCAUCCUGCAAGACACGAAGACCAUCGCUGUGUAUGAGGAAUUCCAAUCUCUUCGCUUGUCCUUUUCUCCAAACCUGGAUGACUACAACCCGGACAUCCCUGAGUGGAGGAGGGACAUCAGCCGAGUCAUCAAAAAGUCCCUGGUGGAAGCUACAGGGGUUCCUGGUCAGCACAUCUUAGUGGCAGUGCUCCCUGGUUUACCCACCGCUGCUGAGCUCUUUGUCUUACCCUAUCAGGAUCCCACAGGAGAAAACAAAAGGUCAGCUGAGGAUCUGGAGCAGAUAUCAGAAUUACUGAUCCACAAGCUCAAUCAAAACUCAGUGCACUUUGAACUGAAGCCUGGGGUCCAAGUCCUUGUCCAUGCAGCUCACUUAACAGCAGCCCCACUGGUGGACCUUACUCCAACCCACAGUGGAUCCGCCAUGCUGAUGCUGCUCUCAGUGGUGUUUGUGGGGCUGGCCGUGUUCGUCAUCUACAAGUUUAAAAGGAAGAUCCCGGGGAUUAAUGUUUAUGCCCAGAUGCAGAAUGAAAAAGAACAAGAGAUGAUCAGUCCAGUCAGUCACACUGAAAGCAGGCCCAAUAUCCCUCAGACUGAACUAAGGAGGCCUGGCCAGCUUAUAGAUGAGAAGGUGGAAUCACAGCUCAUAGGAGAGUAGCUUUACCCUCCCCUCCCUCCCCUUCUACUCAACCUGGUGACUCAUCUCUCCGAUUGCAAAGAGCAAGACACGCCACACCACCUUCAACGCCAAAGCGGGGAUCUGCUGGGGCACAAUUUGCAAUUUAAGGAAAACCCCCAAAGGCUACAGGCGACCUGCUGAUCAGGAAAGAAUUUCGCUCUUGUCAAGUGCAUCAUCCUUCAUGACCACUAACUUUAUGUUUUUUUCUUUCCUUUGUUGUUCUGUUUCCUAUUUUGCCAGGAAGUAUUUCCAUAGUUGCUGAGAAUCAAAGCACAAAAGAAAUCCCUACCUAUGUAAAUGUUUGAAUGGAGGACGCCAGUAAAAAAACAAAAACAAAAAAUAAAAUAAAAACAAUCAAAAUCCAAACAAACAAAUAAACAAACACUCAUUGCAUCGGGACUUUUUAAUUCUUCAGACACAGACAACAAGGGUUUUUAGCUUUAAGCCUGUGCAUGUGGACAAUACCUUGAAAACGUGUUUGGAGGGGCAGUGUACAGGUGCUCUAUUUUAAUGGAAAACACUCCCCUCUCCCUUUCUUCUCUUUUUUCUGAUCGGUCGUGUUUGUAGAAAAUUCAUAACAUAUAUAGGCCAAGGAAAUCUGCAUGUAUUUUUGGAAAUAUUCUUGGCGCUAGACUUAACAGCUAUUUUAGCACUACAGGCUGAUGGGUGGAUUAGCCACACUAGCCCUUUUCAUAAGACACAAAGACAUGCACAGGAGUUUGAAACUCUGAGCUGUUUCUCUGUUCCACUUUUCCUUUUUGUCAUUUUCCCUUCUAAGUUACCUUUGGUAGCUCUGCGGGUCAGCAGUGGCCACAAGGCUGCUUUCUCCAUUCUCUGUGGCACAGGGACAAAGACGCCAGUUGAAGAUCUAUGUAUGCAGGUAGAGUAGGGAAGGAAGCGGGUCAGGGAGGCAAAGAAUGCCAGAAAUGGACCUUUGUAUCCUGUUCAUCUCUUCCCCCAUGACUGCUUCCCUUUGCAGCUUUCUCUACUCCUGCCCCAAUUUAUGUAGCAAAUGGGAUCCCAUGAGUUACCCAUAGUCUGGCCUUCCCAUAUUUUUUGCUCUGUGUGGCCAUGAUCUGUCGAUGUCUUUGAAUCUCUUCCAUCCAAUCUCUGAGUUAUCCAUAAACUACUCCAACUUUUUCUCCAAAUCAUGUUGCUAGAUUUUGGACAUUAACCAUGACGUUUCCUUACUACUAGCCUAGCCUCUGCCAAUCUCCCCCCCCGCCACCAUCCACAAGUUUCUCACCUCUCUGUCAGUUGUGUACAUCCCAAGCAUGCCAGCUUCCGUGCACACUGACCUAGCUGCCUCCUGCCCAGCAGGGUUCAGUUUCAUGUAUCCUUUGUCUCCUCCUCUAGAACCUACCAUUUCCAAAUAUCCUCCCCUUUCCUACCUGGAAACAUAUACUGUGUGUAAAAGAGUUGCUAUGUGCAGCACAACUUAAACCUGGCCAUGUACUUGGGAAAAGAAAGCAUACAAUGAAACAAAAAAUCUCGUGAGGUCAGAUUCCAGAAGAUUCUUGUGAGAAAUGUUUUGAACUUGUGACUAUGUUGCUGGGCAAUUUUCUCCUGUGAUGGUUGCUGUUACCCAAUAUUUUCUCUCUCACAGUAGAAAAAAAAUAUUUGUGAAAUAAAACUGAUUUUAAUCAGAAGGAGAAGCAGGUUAAUGGACUUACUGUUAAGAGGUCAAAAAGUCUGAGAAUAUACAGAGAUCUUGUCUUACAUUAGGAUGAGAGUUUGAUUGUUUAGGAUAACCCCAGUGAUUUUCCAUGUGCGCUCUCUGAUCUCUGAGUAUUACAGUACCAGAAAAGGAAAAAUAAGUCAAUAUAAAGGGGAGGAGUUAGCUGACUACUGCAGUGUAUUGACUCAAAGCAUGAAGAAACCCCACUUUUCCCAGGGCGAUCAUGAAAGAAGGCCCAGAGAAAGAAGGAAACAAAAGCCUGUCCAGCAGAAUCCCUUUCAGUAUUAUGGACUGGGCAAAGCCCACUCUAAUAUAUAGGAUGAAGCAGUUCUGAAAAACCACUCAGAAAGCUCAACCUCCUUCUUGGCUGUGUCCCAAGCCAGCAACAGGGUAUAACAGAGCCGCUGGUGAUAAUGGGGGUCCCCUAAAAAUCCUGAUGAUCCUGCCCUUAUGUAGCUCAGGCAGGGAAAGAGAAGCAAAGCUGCUGUCAGAAGUUAAUCAAGCAGAAGAUUUUAUGGUCAAGGAUGCCUGAUAUAAAUCUGGGAAACAGAUUAUGCCUGGGGCAGCCACCUAUCUGUAGAACUCUAUUGAUCCCCAACCUGCCAGGCUUCCUAUCUCAUAGGAAACAUCCUCAUUGAUCCUCUUCAGUUGGAGCCUCCCAAGUUUAAUCUGGAAGACAAAGUGUUUGGAAACCAAAAGAGGCUCACUCAGACCAGCACAGGGAGUCCUCAGAGUUGCAGUUCAAUUCAUUUUAAUUAGAAAAUUAUGAAAACGGAAAUAACAGUCUUAAUCUAGCACAGUGCCUUGCCUAGGGUAGUAUGAUGAAACUGACUUGUUGAAGAAAUAAAUGAAUGAAAAGACACAGGAAAGAAUGGGCUGUAAGUCCUAAUUAAAAAUAAAGGUGGACAUGAGAUGCCUGGCAUUUUGGAACGUGACUGAAGAUGGCCAGCUACAGAUUCAGCAUCUCCAAUGUCCUCAUGUGCCUCUCCUCAAAGCUCCCUCCCACCUGUAGGUGAUUAGUGAGGCAAGGUGCUGCUCAGAGGGGACCUCAUUGUUCCUAUGACCUUGGCCAGUCGUUCUCAAAGUGUGGUACCUGGACCUGCAGUAUUAGCAUCACCUCGGACUUGUUAGAAGUGCAAAUUCUGGAUCCAUACCCCAGAUCUACUGAAUCAGAAGCUCUAGGGGAUGAGGAGCAGUGUUCUCUAUUGCUGGGUGAUAGUGGGCCUGGCAAUCUGUUUUAACAAGCCCUCCAGGUGAUCGUGAUGCACACUAAAGAUUGAGAACCACUGUACUAGGUCAUUCCAGCUGAAUCCGAAAGAGGAGGUAGUAAUGAGAGCCUACAAAUGGGAGGGUCCCAAGUGCCUACCUACUCGCUACUAGCAGGUGCAAACACAAUGCAGAGUUUGGUGGGCUUAAAGCCAGAGGAGUAUGUGUGGAGGGAUGGAUGUGGAAUGUAAGAUUCAGGGCAAGCUAAAAAUAUGACACUGCAACAUUUCUCAAAAUCCCAGAAGGCAAACUGUGCAUGCUCUACUUUGAACUACCCAACCAACAUUUUCUCCCUUGCCUUAUUUUUAAUUGGAUUCACUGUCCAAAAUGCAGAGAUUCGUUUUGCUUUUUUUCAGAAGUUCCAAAUAGCAACUUUGAGAGCAAUGGGGUGCUUGGCAGCUGUUCUGUGUUUUCCAGGAUUCCAACUGAGCAUUGAAAUCCCUCAUUUGCCAACUUAUUUUUAUAGGAAGCCAAUUUAAAAAAAAAAAUGAAAGUUUUCUUAUAGUAUUGGGACUACUUCUAAUUUUAAAAUGACUUUUUUGAUGUAUUUUUUGUUAAAUACUAUGUAGUGUAAUGUAUAAUUGCUCUUGUUUAUUGCUUUUACAAUCAUAUUUAUUAAACAGAUAAUGUCUCUAAA